CGGCGGGCGGGCGGGCGGUCCCUCCGCUGAUCCGUUUACCUGAAGGAGGAGCUGCCUUCGCCGCCUCCGCCGCUCGGGCUCCCGGAGACAACAACGACGAGGAGGACGACGACGACGAGGAGGACUACGGAGGGUCUGAGAUCUGUCAAUUAGAGGAAGAAAUCGCUGGUCUACCAAGAUGGGAUCUAUUGUUUGGGAAUGUGGUUAAUCAACUUGACAUGUUAGUCAAAUGCAAUCUAUAUAAUAAAAUGAAAAGAAAAGACAAGAUGAUGUCAUUUACCUGUAUUGUGAAACCAAAAACAAAUGCCUUUUGUCAGAUGAGGUUAACAAAGCUCUGUCAAUGCAAAGAAUAUUUAACUGUUUGCAAAGCUUAACAGCAAGAAGUAAAGAAGUAUUUUCAAGGAGAGACCUGCAGGUGCAUGAUAUCUAAAAUUAUAUUUAAUAGGCUUAUUUAUCUGAAUAUUAUUCAGAUCCAAGAAGGAUGGCUGUAAGUUGGAUAUUCUCCUAUCUUUGGUACAUGACUAUGUUUGUGGGGUCCAUAACUGGGCACAGUUUAUUUUCUUGUGAGCCAAUCACCUUGAGGAUGUGCCAAGACCUGCCUUAUAAUACUACCUUCAUGCCUAAUCUUCUGAAUCAUUAUGAUCAACAGACAGCAGCUUUAGCAAUGGAGCCAUUCCACCCUAUGGUGAAUCUGGAUUGUUCCCGAGAUUUCCGUCCAUUUCUCUGUGCACUGUAUGCACCUAUAUGUAUGGAAUAUGGACGUGUUACACUACCCUGUCGUAGGCUAUGUCAGCGAGCAUACAGUGAGUGUUCCAAGCUCAUGGAAAUGUUUGGUGUUCCUUGGCCAGAAGAUAUGGAAUGUAGUAGGUUCCCAGAUUGUGAUGAACCCUACCCUCGCCUGGUAGAUCUGAAUUUAGCUGGAGAGCCAACUGAAGGAGCCCCAGUGGCAGUUCAAAGAGACUAUGGUUUCUGGUGUCCCCGAGAGUUGAAAAUUGAUCCUGAUCUGGGCUAUUCUUUUCUUCAUGUGCGUGAUUGUUCACCUCCUUGUCCAAAUAUGUACUUUAGACGAGAAGAACUUUCAUUUGCUCGAUAUUUUAUAGGAUUGAUUUCCAUCAUUUGCCUCUCUGCCACAUUGUUUACUUUUUUAACUUUUUUAAUUGAUGUUACAAGAUUCCGCUAUCCUGAAAGGCCUAUUAUAUUUUAUGCUGUCUGCUACAUGAUGGUAUCAUUAAUUUUCUUCAUUGGGUUUUUGCUUGAGGACCGAGUGGCCUGCAAUGCAUCUAGCCCUGCCCAGUACAAGGCUUCCACAGUGACACAAGGCUCUCAUAAUAAAGCCUGCACUAUGCUUUUCAUGGUGCUUUAUUUCUUUACCAUGGCUGGCAGUGUCUGGUGGGUCAUACUUACCAUCACAUGGUUUUUGGCAGCUGUGCCAAAGUGGGGGAGUGAAGCUAUUGAGAAGAAAGCAUUACUUUUUCAUGCCAGUGCAUGGGGCAUUCCUGGAACUCUCACUAUCAUCCUUUUAGCUAUGAAUAAAAUUGAAGGUGACAAUAUCAGUGGCGUAUGUUUUGUUGGCCUCUACGAUGUUGAUGCAUUGAGGUAUUUUGUUCUGGCUCCCCUCUGCCUGUAUGUGGUAGUUGGGGUUUCUCUUCUAUUAGCUGGUAUCAUAUCCUUAAACAGGGUUCGCAUUGAGAUUCCAUUAGAAAAGGAAAACCAAGACAAGUUGGUGAAGUUCAUGAUCCGGAUUGGCGUGUUCAGUAUUCUGUAUCUUGUACCGCUCUUGGUUGUAAUUGGAUGCUAUUUUUAUGAGCAAGCCUACCGAGGCAUAUGGGAAACAACAUGGAUACAAGAACGCUGCAGAGAAUAUCAUAUUCCAUGUCCCUAUCAGGUAACUCAGAUGAGUCGACCAGACCUAAUUCUCUUUCUGAUGAAAUAUUUAAUGGCUCUCAUAGUUGGUAUUCCUUCCAUUUUUUGGGUUGGAAGCAAAAAGACAUGCUUUGAAUGGGCCAGCUUUUUUCAUGGACGCAGGAAAAAAGAGAUGGUAAAUGAGAGUCGCCAGGUACUCCAGGAACCUGAUUUUGCUCAGUCCCUUUUGAGGGAUCCCAAUACUCCUAUUAUUCGAAAAUCAAGAGGAACCUCUACCCAGGGAACAUCCACACAUGCCUCUUCUACCCAGCUGGCUAUGGUAGAUGAUCAGAGGAGCAAAGCGGGAAGUGUCCACAGCAAAGUGAGCAGCUACCAUGGCAGUCUCCACCGGUCUCGUGAUGGCAGGUAUACUCCUUGCAGUUACAGAGGGAUGGAGGAGAGACUACCUCAUGGCAGCAUGUCACGUCUAACUGAUCACUCCAGACACAGCAGUUCUCACCGGCUCAAUGAGCAAUCACGGCAUAGCAGCGUCAGAGAUCUCACUAAUAACCCCAUGACUCACAUCACCCAUGGGACCAGCAUGAAUCGAGUUAUUGAAGAGGAUGGAACCAGUGCUUGAUUUGGUUUGUUCAGCAGGGCUGUUGUGAAACCUGGAUUCCAUUUCUUUGCCAUUGCAUGACUGAUUACAGUAACUCAGUAUUAUCAUGCUUUCAAUCAGGUGCUGAUUGUGUAUGUUGGGAAAGCAAAAGUGUCUCUUGUUUUUUAAAGUUGUGUUUUUAUAUUACAUCAGAAUUGAAAUAUCAAAGUGAUCCAACAAACUAGAAACUAAGAAAUUCAUUCAAAAUGUAGUUCUGUUCGAGGUUAUCAAUAACUAAUUAUUUGGUCUUUUGUCCCCAACAGACACAUUAUGGAACUUCUUAUUUUAUAUUUAGAAAAGUUAAAUGUGUAAUAAUUACUUCUUAGUCACCUUUUAUAUAUAAGAAGGAACCAGUGUUGAGAUAAUAUUAAGGUAUCCAAGGGGGAAAAAACCAAAAUCUGUAUGUUGAAGGAAAUUUGUUUCAGAUAAAUAAUUGUUUCCACUAUGUAAAGAAGAAGGCCUAUACCUAGAAUUUCAGAAACCAUCAAUUGUGCUUUAACAAAUCUUGUGGAAAUACAGUAGAAGAAUCUGACUAGUCUAUUAGAGGCCAUUUACAAAUUCUAUUCAAAAAUUAGUAAUGGGGCAGCUAGGUGGUGCAGUGGAUAGAGCACUGGCUCUGGAGUCAGGAGGACCUGAGUUCAAAUCUGGCCUCAUACACUUAACACUUACUAGCUGUGUGACCCUAGGCAAGUCACUUAACCCCAAUUGCCUCGACAAAAAAAAAAAAAAUUUAGUAACUCCAGAAAUAUUUCACACCAGAAUAAGCUAUAGAGGGGAAGAAGGUAAGGGAUUUUGGGCCCCCCCCCAACAUAAUUUUGUCAUUCUCUCUGUUAUGAAGUAGAACUUGUACUCAUUUUGUAGUUCUAGCUUGUUUACUUGCAUGGCAGAGAAACUUCAAUACAGCUAACAUCUUAUAAUGUUAUAGAUUUCUAAAGAAAAUCCAUACCCAAAUCAAUUCCAUUGAGGUAUGUGACAUGAUAAGGAGACAUAGUUUAUGGUGGCCAUAAUAUCAAAAUACCUUCCCUUUUUUCAAUGGUGAAGCGUUUUCCUAUGAUGAGACUUUGCCUUAGCCCUAUUUUCUGGUCAGUAAAGCAGCUAAAGUGUUGAAGAAGAGAUAGGAAGCUCACAAAGCACCACACCUAAUGUUGGCAUCUAAGCCCCUCUGCUUGUCUUCUGGCAAACUAUCUGUACUUACUUGCCUUGCCUGUAGAGACUCCAAAGCCUUCACUAACACCAUUGUUUUGAGUUACUGGGUAUUCAGUUUAAUUCAGCAAACAUUUGUGAAGUGCCUACUAUUUUCGUUCCAGGCAGUGUGUUAGGCAUUGGACAUGUGAAGACAAAAAUGAAACCACCCAUCUCCUUGAGAAAUUUCUAUUCCACUAGUAAUUCUCAUUUCCAUCUAAAAUAUUUCAGAAAUUGCUGGAGUCCAAAGGUAUAGUUAGUUUUAAGUGUGUGGAAUAUAAGUAAAAGCUAAAUGAAACAUAGCUGUGCUUGUGACAAAGUACCUCUUCCUCUUCAAAAUAUUAAUUUUUAAAUGUAAGUGAUUCUUUGUCUUGUAAUGUAUAAAUCACUUUCAUUAUUAGACUGUGAUCUUUUUUAGGCAUGAAAAUUUGGUCUGGAACUAAUGAAAGUAUUAGAAAAUACUAAAUUGUAUCUGCAUAGUAGGAACAUUCAAAUUUUCUUGCCCCUAAUGGUGAUCUGAUGGCACUUAGUACAAGCCAAAACAAAAACUAAAUUGUAACAGCAUAUUUAUGUAUGUUUUGUAGUCCAAAUGUAUUGUUUGCCUCUUUGAAACAUGUGUACCAUUAAGAACUUUAAGGCAUGCAGAAGUGCCAUGACAGCCAACUGACUAACAAGUGUUUAUUUUACUGCUUCUUGCUGCCUCCUCUUUAAAACAAAAAGUACUUUUUCUAAAACACUGUGUUUAAUACUAUAUGUGGUGUGCUGCAGAAUGACUCCAUUUGUUCUGUUGUUUUUAUCUGACAAGUGAACAACUAUUUUUUAAAAGUAUAUAUGUAAACUAAUGCUUUAAAAUCAGUCAUGAAUAGUUUUAAUGGAAAUACCCUAAUGCAGUUAUUUCAGUAAGAUAUCUUUCAGAAAUCAACACAAGAGAUUUGAGAUUUAAUGUAAAUCUAAAAAUCAUAAAAAUGAUUCUUUUCAAGUUACACUUAAGGAUGAGAUUCCUCAUGGUAUUAAUGAACACUUGCCAACUCAAGACAUUCAGACUUUUAUCCCCAAAAUCCAAGGUAUUAUUUCAAAGAAUUUUAAAGGAUCUAAUAAUUUAAAGUAUAUGAAGUCACUGUUUUAUAAGAAUUACAUCUGCAAAAUAAUGGAAAAUAUGUACAUUGAUUUGAAUGUAGUCUCUUUCUCUUGGACCACUUAAAUUCAGCAGAUUUAUUAAGCACCUACUAUAUACAAGGUGUUCUGCUAUUUAACCAAUUUUCAUAAUGUGUCCCAAAUUCUCAAAAUGAAUUCAGAAAACAAAUCAGAAUAGUUCUCUAAAGUGAAUAAUUUGUUUUCUAUUUGGUCUCUUGAGUGACAUAAGAUCUUAUAUAUUGUUUAGGUGAAUACUGUCAGACUUUCAGUGGUAGUAAUUUUUUUUUCCUCCUUAGGAAAGUAGAAUCAUUUUAUAAAAGUUUCAGUUGUCACUCAGAAAUAGAAAAGCUAAUUACAUUUGUACCUACCUCAUUAUUUGCUUUGUGGCAUAGCUGGAAAGCAAACAAUUUGAAUCAUCAAUCAUUUUAAUACAGGUCAAAUCCCAUUAUAGUGUAAUCCAAGGAGCUAUCUUGAUUUUUAAAAAAUAUACCACUGGUUGAAACUUAGGAACAAUUUGGGGGAUGGGAGGGAAGUAUAGAUAUACUUAAUUAUAAUGGGAUUUGACCUAUAAAAUGUAAUAGCAGAGUUCUGCUUACACAUAGUCAUGAUAAGAUGACAAAAUCUUAGGGUUUUGGGGAACAAAGAUGUUAACUUCAGAAGCUUCCCCCCCUGACCCCAACACUUUUUUAAAAAACAAAAACUGAGUGAUUUGACCGAUACUCCUGUAGUAUAAUCUAUAAACCAAUAAUCCACAUUAACUUUUCAAAUUAAAAAUUCCUUCAAGAGCCAUUAUGUUCUUAAAAUUGAUUUGGUCUUUUGGUCUUCAUGUGCCAAGCUAGAUUCUACUCUCCAAAAAAUAACCAGUUCAGUGAAAUAAAUUUGAACAUUAAUUUUGGGAUCUUUACUAUGUUAUUCGCUCAGUGUCAUUGUGUAAUCACAAUACAAGUAAAUUUAUGCUAUAAAGGGGAGAGUGGACCCUAUAAUUUUUAUGGACUCUCAUGUGUUCAAAAAUUAGUCUCUUCCUAAUUUUUGGAAAAGUAUUUACUAAAAGCUUUGUGGCUUUCAUUGUGGCAGACUUGCAUUUCAGGUCAUCACUCUUGUGGGAAAUGUGUGUGUGUGUGUGUGUGUGUGUGUGUGUGUGUAUACGUAUAUGUAUAUAUAUUUACAUUUUUAAAAAAUCUAUGUAAAGUAAGGAUUUUAUUCCCCUUUCCCCUUCAUCCCACAAAACAAAGGAUGGCAUUUUGUACAAUAUAGAUUUACAAAAGGAGUCAUGAUUUCUCUAAUGCAUUUUUACAGCUGAUUGAAAUAAGGAAGUGUUUACAUUUAACUCAGCUACUGUUUAUUGGUAGCUUUAAGGUUUUUAUACAUAAUUUAUGCAUUAUGUUUUAAUCUAUUUUUAUGACAAAACCUAAUUUAAUAGUUUUCCCCAUCUUUCCUUGUAUCAGUCAGGUGAACUUCAGAUCUGGGAAAGAAGGUUGAAAAAUAAACACACAGGGUUUUUCUAUUCAUCUGGCUGUGAUUCAAGUAGCAGAACUUAGUCUCAUCAUUUUUGUAAUUUUAAUACUAAUCCACAUAACUUUAACAACUAAAGAAAUAUUAUUAUGAUUUUUCUUUCAAGAAUGAAAAUAUACCAUCCGCUAGGAAGGAAAUUCUUGAACAUCUAUUUAAAACCAACUAUCUGCAUAAAAAUUCCCAGUUCAGUAAUUCUUUAAAAUAUCUAAGUAAAAUAAAUAAUUAUAUUUAAUUAAACAAUUUGUUAUGGGGGUAGCUAGGUGGCACAGUGGAUAAAGCACAGGUCCUGGAUUCAGGAGGACCUGAGUUCAAAUCUGGCCUCAGACACUUGACACUUACUAGCUAUUUGACCCUGGGCAAGUCAUUUAACCCCAAUUGCCUCACCAAAAAAAACCAAUUUGUUAUGAGAAUGUUGCUUUUCUUAUAGGUGAAAUAGAAUUCAGUGAAAAGUAAUUUUUCGGGGGCAGCUAGGUGGUGCAGUGGAUAGAGCACUGGCCUUGGAGUCAGGAGGACCUGAGUUCAAAUCCAGCCUCAGACACUUGACACUUACUAGCUGUGUGACCUUAGGCAAGUCACUUAACCCCAAUUGCCUCACACACCCCCCCCCCAAAAAAGUAACUUUUCAUUGUCCUACAGAGAUUACAGAUAGAAAAUUUUCCAUUAGUUUAUUCCUUUCUCAAUAGACAAUUACUCCCUAUAAGACAUCUGGCCAAGAUUCUAUUUAAAUGUAUAGCAUCUCCUUAUUCCCUUGGAGAGUUAUUUUAUAAUAAUAAUAGUAUAAUAGUAGCCGAAUUCAGUAGAUGGUAAUAUGUCUUCCUUAAGACAUGUUCAUUUUCCGCAAUACACGUGCUUAGCAUGAUAAUUAUAUUUCAUAUAUUAAUCUCUCCAUUUUUCUUUAUUUCAUUACUGCUGCCAAUCAAAUUUGCCUUCUAUUAUGAAACAUCAGUUUUGUUUUUACUAAUUACAGUUCGUAAAAAUACUUAUAAAACUGUAUUCAUAAGGGGCAGCUAGGUGGAGCAGUGGAUAAAACACUGGUCCUGGAUUCAGGAGGACCUGAGUUCAAAUCUGGCCUCAGACACUUGACAAUUACUUGCUAUGUGACCCUGGGCAAGUCACUGAACCCUCAUUGCCCCGCAAAAACAAACAAACAAAAACUGUAUCCAUUCUUUUCAUUCUAGUUCAUUUUAUUUUUAGAAUUAAGCAGAUCACCAUUUCUUAACCUAGCCUCAUUGUACCCAUAGGGUCUUAUAAUCCAGUUGAUUUGUAUAUAUUAAUUAUCCAAAUAUCUACUUCACUCAUGUUUUCCUGUGUUUUCAAACAUUGUUACUUCAUAAUUGUUCCUACAUAAUACAUUGAGACAUUUUUAUUUUAACCUUCCUUCCAAGACCACGUCUAUAGUAGAAAGGGCAAUGGACAGUAAGUCUGGAGAACUGAGUUCUAGUUCUACUUUUCUGAUAGCUCAUCAGGUUUUUCUUAGGCUGUGCACCUAACAAAUGUAAGCCUUGGACAAGAUGAUCUCUAAGAUCCCUUCCAGUUCCCAAAUCCUGUCUUAGCCAUUUUACAUUUGUCAUUCUAUAAUGGCAAUUUUUUUUGCCCCUUGAAUUAUAGUUGCUAGUGACAACUCCUACUUUUUUUUUCAGGAUUCCACUGUUAUAAACUUUGUCUCAUGCUUCAAAAUAAUUUUUUAAAUAUUUGAAAGAGAUGAAAAUAACAGAAAAGGUAAAAUAUCUUUACAAUGUCUUGUGGAGGAAAAGAUUCCUACUACUGUAAUACUACUUUUGUCUUUGCUGCCAAAUUGAUUUUUCUUAAGGAUACAUUUUUCUUAAGAUUUACUUUUUUUGUCUGAAAGGUUCUUUGCUCAGCCUUACUUCUUUUCAGUACAGAUGCAAAAAAAUUAUACAUUUUAUAAAUCGUAAAAUAAUAAAAAAGUGAAUUGGACAACCCUAAAAAAUAGAAACUAACCCUUCCUAAAAUAUCUGUAGCCAUUUUAUUCAAAACUAAAAGUUGUCAAGAAUACUACAGUUAGCUUAUGUAAAAGUAAUCAGUUAACCUAAUCCUAUUCUACUAAACAAAAUUAAAUUAUCGGUUUCAAGAAUCAAAAUUGGCAUGCUUAUUAUGAUUGGACUGAAUUAAGCUGUGUACUUGAGGCAACCAACAGUGAUGCCAAGUUGUCCAUAUGGUUAAUUAAGAAACUUUCAUCAACAUUGAAAUAAUGAGAGGGAUAUCAAAUUUGAUUCUGUCUAGUUGUUCUCUGUUAACCAUGGAAUAGAAUAUCAAUUUAAAAUUGGGGGCAGCUCAGUGGCGCAGUGGAUAGAGCACCGGCCCUGGAGUCAGAAGUACCUGAGUUCAAAUCCGGCCUCAGACACUUAACACUUACUUACUAGCUCUGUGACCCUGGGCAAGUCACUUAACCCCAAUUGCCUCACUAAAAAAAAAUAAAAUAAUUAAAAUAAAAUAAAAUGUACAAUGCAUUUAGAAAAAAACACUAUUGUCAUAUUGCCAGUGAAAAUGGAAAUUAUAUGAAGUUCACUGUUUUCUAAUUUGUUCUUAUAAUAUAUGAUAGAUUUCCCUUCCUCCUCCUAUGCAUGCCAUUGGACUAUAGUUAUCAAUACUAGCAGAUAAUUUGGUUUGAAAUAACUUCUAUAUUUUGAGACCAGACCAAUUUUUAGCACAUUUUAGUAUGCUUAGUGCUAAGAUGAAUACUUGAAAAUCACUUAUUUUUCCUUUUUUUCUAUUGAAAUAAAAAUAAUUUUCAAAAAUUCUAUUAAGAAAUUGAUUUGAGAAUAUUAGUGUGAAAUUUCUCUUUUUGCUAGGUGCUAUUCACCUGAGCUGGAAGAUAUAAGAGCAAAUACUUUUACUCUUUCACUGCCAUUACAUUCUUUUAAAAUAUCUAGUAAUUUAUUUCUAUAUAAAAUCUUUUUCAGGCAGUUUCAAUUUUAAUUCUGGGAAACGACAUAUAUUUGCUUUUGUCUUCACACUUUAAAAGUUUAUUUCUUAAAUAACAUUGCCUAUAAAAUCCUGAAAGUUUUGCAUAUAUAAAAGAAUGUCUUAGGUUUUAGAAAUUUACUUUGGAACUUAAAGAUUGCUAUUGAUUUUCAUUGCAAUUGCCCUUCAAAGAAAAUGACCCCGUGGCAUUCAGAAGCUGUCAAAUUGCCUUACCCUUGGAAUUUGGAGAUAAGGGUUGUAGUCAGUGGAUUUGGGGGAAUUUUAUAUUAAUAUGUGUGUAUAUAAUUAAUAAUGGCUAUUAAUGUUCAGCAUUCAUAAUCCCCAAAGCUUCCAUUUAUUCCAUUGUUCCGAGCCUUUUUCUUUUUCAAAUAAUGUAUUAUUUUUAAAACCAGGUUUUAUACAUGUAGUGGGAAAGAAACCAAUAGCAGAAAAAACCUUUAGUUUCACACACACACACACACACACACACACACACACACACACACACACACACACAACACCUUGCAAAAAUAAAUGGAUUGAGAGGCAUCUUGGUAUAGCACUAAAAGCAACUGGGAUUUAUAAUCUAGGCAUCUGCUACAUACCAUAUGCAUAGUCUUAGGAAAGUCCCUUCAGUUGCCUUUACCUUAGAUUUCUUAGCCCUAAAUUGUAUUAACAUCUAUUUAUGCCCUGUUCCCCCACUCAACAGUUCUUCAAAUCAAACCUUCUAAGGUUUGUGCCCUAGAAGACAAUUGCAACUGUAGGUUGCACAGCACCCUGCCAGGAGGACAAAGAUGCUCCCUAAUUUAUUGGUAACUUAGUUUUAAAUAUCAGUAAGCUGUCCACAAUUUCAGUACUUCUAACAAACAUAUUCAGAGUGACAGUAGAUAAGAAGAAGAAAAACUGAGUACACAAAAUGUGGGAAGGAAACACAAGGAAUAGCCCAGACUCUAGUAUCACUGGUGAUUUCACCUCUCAGAGGCUCAGUUUCUUUAUUAGUAAAGUGGAGGGCAAGGCAGGGGGUGAGGUUUGAGUAGAUGAAUUCUAAAAACUCUUCCACCUCCUAAAUUCUGCAAUCAUAAGUUCUUCACAAAUUCCAUGUAUAGUUUUUAAACUUUGAGUUUUAAAAACUCAAAUAACUGAGGUGGUAGGUAUAAUAGAAAAUAUUCUAUAAAAGGCAAAAUUAAUUUCCUUCUUAGAGCUGACAUGGACUCCAAUUCAUCAAGCCCUAGGAUGUGCUUAUGUCUAAAGUAGCUACUUUUAAAAUCAUGGAAUCUGAAAUAAGACUGUAUUGUUUACAUUUGUGUGAUUGUUUUAAACUUUAACACAUUUGCCUCUAACUCCUAUUUACAGAUUGCCUCUAUUAUACUGAAAACCUAAAUUAUUGGUUUUCACAGUGGGUAAGGACUUUAUGAAGGACUCAUUUUUGUAUUUCUGGUGUGUAGUAUUUUUUGUCCUCAAGCUGGGACUUGAAUGUUAAUCUCUGAACCUUUCUACCCAGAGAAUUCUAAAUUUUGAACAGUCCCUGUCGCUCUCCUUCUAAAGUGUCAUUCACUCUUCUGUACGUACCCUAUGGCUCAGGCCGUCCUCCACAUCUGCUCAUUUCUCUGACAUCCAUAGGACCAGCACAGCUGCUGCUACUCAAGUUAGGAAACAGAUUUCCCCCUUUUCACUAGCACUACAAGGAGCAUUACCAGCUCUUUCCAUUCAGGAAUGUGGUAUAAGGAUGGAGAUAAAAACGUCUUUGUUGGUACUCUACAAAAUAAGUAAUUUUACAGAGAAUUUUAUACAAUUUUUCAAUUCCUACACUGAAUUGUUGCUGCAAAUAUUCUAGAAUGGUCAAAAUACAGUGUUUUUCAACCACUUUUAAAAGAUAAACUUCUAGUUAGAAAGGUUUUUAUGUAAAGAUUCUUCAUUUGAUGGCAUUGUUCCUAUCUGUUUCCUUUGAUAUGUUCACUAAAAUAAUACUUUUAGGUUUGAUCAUCCAUUUCUAAAUGAGAGGAAAAGUUAGCAUUCAUAAGAUCUGUAUGAAGCAAGUGCACAUGGUUAGAGCAUGGCAUUGUGUUUAACAUUAGCUGAUUGUAUUUGCACUCUGCUCUUGUAGAUUCACUCUGUUUACAGUAGCCAAGUGUCAGUUUUUGUAAGUGUUUUGUUUUUAGCACUUUAACUGUGAGUGUACAAACUGAUUUUAAAAUGUAGUGGUUGUAUAUUUUGAUUAUAGAUGAUUUGAAAUUUUUAAUAAAAUUAAACUGUAUAACUUGUU